AAGCGUUGGAAAUAUCUAGAACACGAACAGAGAAUGCUGAAUAUAUAUCAGAGUACCCCUGGUACUGGCACACAUGCGUAUAUGCCACCCCUUGCCGAUAUCUGUGCCCACAGUCAAUAGCUUAGUAUUGACUUAAACUGCCACCAGGCUGAUAAAGAUGCCACCGUAAUUGAAGUCCCACUUCUCUCUGCCAACACCCCAUGCCAGAAUUUUCAGACACCAUCAUCAGCCUCUUUGACGGUCUCAAGAAAAGAGAGGCCACCGGCGAGGGUGGCUUGCUCACUGGUUCUGAUCCAUCGGCCUUCGAUGUCUCUGACCCGCUGAGAUUAUGGAUCAUCCAAGUUGGUGUCAUUAUAAUGUUAGACCAGCUGCUUUCUCUGGGCUUAGGCAGGAUGAAGCAGCCAAAAGUUAUCGCCGAGGUGCUCGGCGGUAUCCUUCUGGGCCCAACGGCCUUUGGACGUAUACCCGGCUUUACCCAACAUAUAUUCCCUUCCCAAUCACUGCCAUACCUAUCUCUCGUUGCUAAUAUUGGCCUUUGCCUGUUUCUCUUCAUCGUAGGUCUCGAAAUUGACGCCAGCAUCAUCAAGCGCAAUGCUCGCAUGUCAGCUAUUGUAUCGCUCGCGGGCAUGGCUUUGCCCUUUGGCCUCGGUUCUGCCUUGUCUGUUCCCUUGUACCACCACUUCAUCGACCCAUCCGUCCAGUUCACGCAUUUCAUGCUGUUUACCGGCGUCGCAUAUUCCAUAACCGCUUUUCCCGUACUGUGUCGUAUUCUUACUGAGCUCAAGCUCUUGGAUACCACUGUUGGCAUUGUUGUCCUCUCAGCUGGCGUAGGCAAUGAUGUCGUGGGCUGGACUCUCCUGGCGCUCAGUGUAGCGCUCGUCAACGCUGGUUCCGGUCUUACUGCCCUAUGGGUAUUACUCACAUGCGUGGCAUUCACAAUAUUUCUUUUAUUGGUCGUCAAGAGAGUGAUGCUCUGGCUUGCCAGAGCUACAGGCAGUACAGAUGAUGGUCCUACUAUGUUUUACAUGACUGUUGUUAUGAUCUUGCUUUGGGCAUGUGCGUUCUUUACGGAUAUCGUGGGCGUCAAUGCUAUUUUCGGUGCAUUCCUAGCCGGUAUUAUUGUACCGAGGGAGGGCGGUCUCGCCAUUGCUUUGACGGAGAAGCUGGAAGAUAUGGUCACCAUCAUAUUUCUGCCUUUGUAUUUUACCCUCUCAGGGCUGAACACCAAUCUUGGACUCCUUGAUGACGGUAUCACUUGGGCUUUUACAAUCGCCAUCGCAUGCCUUGCAUUCUUGGGCAAGUUUGGUGGAUGUACAAUUGCUUCAAGGUUGUCUGGUUUCAGCUGGCGUGAAGCCAGUACAAUUGGAUCACUCAUGAGCUGUAAGGGUCUCGUUGAGCUAAUCGUGCUUAAUGUCGGUCUCUCCGCUGGCGUUUUGUCCCCGAAAGUCUUCUCCAUGUUCGUGCUAGAAGCUUUGACACUCACGUUCAUGACCACCCCACUCGUCAGAGCAUUGUAUCCUCCAGAACGGCGUGUCAUCGCCACUUCAGGCGGGGCUCCGCCCCAAACUCGUGACGACGAGGGCGGGGAUCUUGAUGCAGACAAGAAAUCUUUUAUGAAUGAGGAGCAACCCUGGCGGUAUCGCUUUACUGUCGUUCUCGACAAACUCGAACAUAUGCCGUGCAUGAUGGCCCUCACACAGCUCGUCCGUCCUCCUGUACCAGAUUUCUCCUCAGUUGUAUCCAUGUUUGCUACAUCUGACCCAGCUCCGUUGAAGUACAGGACGCCCGAAGUGAGCAUCAAUGCACUCCGCCUCAUCGAGCUCUCGGAUCGUACGUCGGCCGUGAUGAAAUCGUCUACUGCAGAUACGCUUAUCCAUACCGAUCCACUCCUGGGCAUAUUCCGCAUGUUCGGAGAGCUGAAUGAUUUGCCUGUAUCGUCAUCGCUCGCCAUCGUGCCGCACGAUGAUCUUGCUUGCAACGUUGUGGAUCAUGCCAAGCAAGAUGCAUCUCAGCUCAUACUACUCCCGUGGUUGCCACCUUGCGCUAGCAUUGCUGAAACAAGCGAAGGCGCGACACUACGGCGAGAGAAGUUCGAUCACAACCCUUUCGAGGUCAUUUUCGGUACAUCAAGGGAUAAGUCUGCGUCUGCCAUUCACUCGCAGUUUGUACGUGGGGUAUUCGCACAAAGUGAGACAGACGUCGCCCUGUUUGUCGAUCCUGGAAAUCACCUCAACACGGGUGCGAAGACAGGCAGCUCGUAUCACGUUUUUCUUCCAUUCUUUGGCGGCCCCGAUGACCGCCUUGCGCUGAAAUUCGUGGUGCAGCUCUGUACGAACCCGAAGAUCAAUGCAACGGUGGUGAAGAUGGAAAAACGCGAGAUUGAAAACAUGCAAAUUGAACGACCUUCUACGACCCACUCUGAUGUCAAAGCUGAUACCAACUCACUCGCACUUGCUCAUCAACAAGGACUGACAAUAUCAUCGAUAAUAGCAUUUCCAGACACUGUCUACGGGCAGACCAACACCCAAAUGCGCAUGCAGUCCGAAACAGCCGACAGCAUCAUUUGGUCAGGAUAUGCGGGCCGCAAUCUAUCAGAUCCGGACAUACCUGGGCCAUUGCGUGCCGCGCUUUCACGGAUCGAUUUCACGAACCUUGCAUCUCCCGUCCCGCUGCACGCUGCAAUCCAGCGUGCAUCUAUGUGCCAACGGGUAUUGGUUGUCACUGGACGGUCGAAGCGGCUGGCAGUGGAGGACCAUCAUGUUGAGUUGAAGGAUCUUGUGGAGGAGCAUAGGGUGGUGGGGCAUGAGGUGAUGAGUAAGACGAUCGGGGAUGUGGCAACUGCAUUUGUAGUGUCUGGGUGCCCGAGUGCGGUGGUUGUGCUGCAGGCUGCGAAUGUGGGGAUGCAUUAGUUGGGGUGUAGGUGGUGUGUUGUUCAGAGCGGGA